AUGGCCUUCACGGCCCUCGCCGUCCUCGCAGCAGCGGCACCCACUGAUCCUGCUGAUAUAUGCCUAGCAAUCUGCUACCUCGAGGAGCCUGAGUGUCCCGGAACUUCUUAUCCGAAAAAUGAGGGCGAGAACACAGUGCUGGACCUGCUGCACUCCGCAGGCAUAGGAUACCCAAAUCCAUGGCUCAGUAGUGGCGGGUAUCCGAUGAUGAUUCACAGCGGCUACCUCAGCUCCGCGCGGAUGGUUUAA